UCCGCCUGCCGCCGUCAUCGGAGUGCCGGCCGCCGCCUUCCGUCUUCGCCGAAGGCCGCUCGUCGCGCCCGCACCUGCCUCACCGCCGCAAGACUGAGUGAGGGUGAUCGCUCAUGUCAACAGUGUGGCCGGCCAUUGACAUGGGGGCGAUAGAGGCGAUUAUUGCGAGCGCCAAACCUCUUCUGAAGGUGUCCAUAGACUCCCACGCGCAGCCCGAUGCUCUGGAACGCAUCAGUCGGUUGCUGGGUGGUGCCGCAGUAAAUUGCAUCUUCGACGCCACCUUUGCCGAUCGGUUCAAAGGGACGUUGGACGACUUGGUUGACAAAUUGGAGUAUGUCACUAGGAAGCUGGACAACCUCACUGCUCGCCUCCAGGCCAUGCGCCGCCCUAAAGACCACUGCAAAGGCAGCCGCCGCUGCGUCUCCCCUGCUGGCCAGCUCGCGGGCCUCCAUGGAAAUGAUCUCUUCCGCACGCUGAUGACCCUGCAGCUGCCCGCGGCCGCACCUGCGGAGUUCUAUCUUGAGGUUGCUCUUGCCGCGCAGAGCCUCAUCGUGCAUGACCAGUUUGACAUUUCCAUCCACGUCUGUGAUAGGAUCGUCUUCAGGGCCAACACUACGGCGACCAAAGAGUACAACAUCAUGGCCUUCAAGGACCACAGGAAUACCUUGGAGAAGUUUGUUCAAGAGCACAUUGACCUGGCCGAUGCCGCUGCCACUUCACGUCGACCCACUGGCCUAGCGAAGUAAAAGCUCGAUUGCCAUAAUUAAGCUAGCUAGCUGCAAGUAAGACAAAGGAGGCUCAUCGAUGGAUCCUCAAUUGGCUUCCUUAUGUUGUUUUCUGCAUCGUCGUUAUCCAGCCAAGAACGACUACUUAUGUAUGUAUUAUGCUACUUAUCAGCGAUCGAGUCUGUCUUAACUCUUAAGUACUACUUGAUUAUGCCUUAUCCUGAAUUCCUGAUGGCCCUUUGAAAGUUUAUCUGAAAGGUUCAUCAUUGAAGAUGGCUCUUGUAUGAUUGUAUCA